AUGCCGGUCCCCUCGACAACAAGCAACAUGGAAUCGCUCGAAAAGAGCCUCUGUGACUUCUCCGGCUCCACGCCGCUCGACCAGCGCUUCCGCUCGCUCUUCACCAUCAAGGGUCUCGCUGCCACCUCGGACGAGCACAUGCAACGAGCCAUCUCGAUCAUCUCCGCCGCCUUUUCGGACGAUUCGGCGCUCCUCAAGCACGAGCUGGCCUACGUGCUCGGUCAGCUGGAAGACAGUCGUGCACUUCCUACGCUCAAGGGGGUGCUUGAAGACCUCCAACAGGAUGCGAUGGUUCGACACGAAGCGGCUGAGGCGAUGGGAGCCAUCUCGGACCCCACCGUUCUUCCCGUCCUGGAACAGUAUCGCAAUGACGGCGAUGUGAGCGUCCGCGAGACCUGCGAGCUGGCCAUCUCCAAGAUCACCUUCGACAACUCUUCCGAAGGUCAAGCAUUGAAGGCGUCGAAAGCGCAGGCCAAGGUGGCGGAGGAGCAGAGCGGUUUGGGCGGUGUAGAGUCGGCGUUCAAGCCCAUCGAUCCUGCACCUGCCAUGACGCCCGCUGCGAGCAAGGAGGCCGCUAAAUCGCAGGCAGACAGCAUGUCGUACGACGCAACACAGGUGCCGCUGUUCCGAGAAGCGUUGCUCAAUACAAACCUCAGCCUGUUCGAGCGCUACCGGGCCAUGUUUGCCCUUCGCAACGUCGCACACGGUGGCGGUGAAGGAGCUGUCCAGGCUGUGCUGGCACUGGCACAGGGGCUGAAGGACGGCUCGGCGCUGUUCAGGCACGAAAUCUGCUUCGUCUUUGGCGAACUCUGCCACCCAGCUUCGAUACCAAGCAUGAUUCAGGUGCUCAAUGAUGCGAACGAACACGAGAUGGUCCGACACGAAGCAGCAGAGGCGCUCGGUGGCAUCGUGGAGGAGGGCGAAGAGGAGCAAGAGGCCAAGAGCGGCGAUUUCAAGCUGGUGAUGGACACGCUGAAGAGGUGGGCCGAAGACAUGGAGGCGCCACGGGUGGUCAGGGAGAGUUGCGUGGUCGCGCUCGACGAGCUGGCGUACAACAACGACCCGACCCAAUUCCAUCGUGUGGAAGCGCCGACGGCUGUUGCUGCCUAG